AAGCAUUUAGUUUAUAUAGCACUACUACGUGAUGGGAGGGGAGGACGGGGAAAGCUUUACAGUAAGAGUGUUAUCCCCAGGCUUAGAGGAGGGCACCUACAACGAAGUGAAUGUGAGGAUGAAACCUAGACAUAAGUUGGAUAAACUACUCAGAUCAUGGUGCAAGCAUCAACAGAUCGCGCCGGAUACUGUGAAGUUGAUCGAUGCUGAUAGAACACAAGAGCUCCUUCCAACGACUAAGGCAGGGGAGCUACUCGAGCCUAGGACGGUGUAUGCUGUCCCCAAGAGUUAUCUGCUUGAUCGGGAAGCAUCAGCUACUACCGAUACGGAGAGGGUUGGGGAGGAGGUGACUACAGCGAAUAGCAAUGGUAGCAAACCAUCAGCACUACAGUGCCCUUCCACACCGCCCACGCCCAUGAGCGUCUCGGUUGUUUUACAGCAGAGGGAUGAUCUGAAUCAUAGGAUUGAUGUCACUUUACCAGGAGCUGUUAAAUGGUCUAGGAUGUUGAAGGCAUGGGUUACUAAAUACCCCGUACACAGUGAAGCUAGGAUAAGGUUCUUGCUAUUACCGGCUAGAGAGGAGAUAGAUAUGGACUCGGCAGUGGAGCAUGUAGUGUUGGGAGAUGGUCACUUCUGUCGUGUCGAAGUUGACAUCACCAUGCCAACUGACGAGUCGAGGAAAGCCCCUCAGACGGGCGAUGGUAGUAGUAGUAGUAUGAAGUUGGGAGUUAUCAAUGAGGUCACAGGAAUACAUGCCCGAGUCAACCUAAGCCCCAGUGCUACUAGAUCUGACCUCUUGAGGCAGAUAGGCUAUGAAGGGCCCUGUGAGAUUACUAUAGACGACCGUCUAGUGGAAGGAGCCCAUCUUACUGGUAUUGCCACUGAUGGUAGCAGUACUGCGGUCAUACAUCCUCCUCGGCCUGUUGCUCUCACGGUCCGUGUGAGAGACAAGGGUACUGGUAUACACAGAGUCAUCCGGUGCUCCGACUCGAGUACUGUUGGAGAUGUAAUAGAGGAGUGGAAGAGGGCUGUAUGCCCAGAUGCCACUGCCGAGAUCCAGCCUAUAGGGGUCGACUCGAGGACUCUACUGUCAACGUUGCCGUGCGUAGAGGAUCCCUAUUCCCUCAUGGACGACCCACGGCAAUAUACAUUGGAGGUCUCCUCAGGCGGUCAAGGGCGUGGAUCUAUGUACAGUCAGCCUGAAGGGGAAGAGGAACCUCUUGGGUUUGAUGUCCCACUACCUGCAUCACCCGGCCUGAGAGUGGAGUCUACCGAGGAUCUACCUCAGAGCCAUGUUGACUUCAAUCAAAAUACCGAUGUUAUCCCCCCAAGAGCAGCAGCCCCACUAGAGAGUGCCCCGGCUCUUAGGCUCGAAGUAUCAGAGCCGGUCCCGCGCCCUCCUGAGGUUGUCAACGCUCACGAGGUGUCAGGGCAACCGAAGCCUCCGAAGGCGGCUGAGAAGCUUCCAGGUCCAAUCACUUACUUGGUAACUGUCAAGGAUGUUAGGGAUGAGGGUAGUGGGGAACCUAGAGAGGAGGUAUUCCGUAUGAAGGCUCGAUGUGCCUGGAAGAAGAUGACUCGGCGAUUCUCCGAUAGUGUUAACCCGCGGCCAGAUGACUCUGCGGUGUAUCGCGUGUUACUUCCCAAUGGGGGCGUGCUUGAUAUCGAGGACGAUUCUAAACGGAUACACGAGACGUUGGAAGAUGGUCGUUUGGUGAACUGGAAGGAUGGUGAUACGGAACCCGAGCUCGAGGUUAAUCUCAUGCUUCGGAGCCAGACUGUCCAUCAUAGUAUCGAUGAUAGUCCAGAGCACCAGGAAGGUGCUCUGCAACCUGCUGCACAUAAAGGGAACCGACCAUCGGUGGAAUCCUCUUCGACACUGGGAAGCAAGGCCUCGGAAGGAUCCGGAUCAGCCAAGCCUAAGAACCCACGAGCAAAAGCGAAAGCGAGGGCUAAAGCCAAGGCUAAGGCCAAGGCGAAGGCGAGACCCACGCCGAAGGCAAAGGCGAGAGGGAGGGCCAAAGCAAAGGCUCAGAGUGCGCGGCGGUCGGAUAAGAAGUCAGAUGCUGGGGAGUCUUCGGCGCCCUCGAGCUCUACGAGUUCUUCGAGUGAUCCGAGCCUGUCGCCCAGUGAAGCGUCGGGCGAUGGAGAUCGGAAACGAAAGACCAUCAGUGGGAAAUCUGCACUGGAAACCGAUGCGACAGCUGGUAGCCAGGAAGGCUCCCUGGCAGGGUCAUCGCUCGGGACAUCCUCCAAUUCGACGGCUCGGCCGAAGAAGCGAGCUCGAAGAGGUGGGGGGAGAACUGUGAAGGUGGAGGGACGGAAGGAUACAGCACAACAGGCAGCACUGCUGCUGUUCUAUGAGCAACAGAAGGCGGCUAGGGAGUUAGCAGAAAAGGGUGUUGGCUCGGAGGCCUCAUCGCGCCGGCGAAGGAGGCAGCCAAGAUCUCCGGAAGAAUACAUGGAUGACGACACGCUGAUGGCGAUCGCCCUCUCUCAGUCGCUUGCCGAGCAAGAAAAGCCUCAGAAGGACGAGGAGGACUCUUCGGGGUCUUCUAACCCUCAGACUUGAUAUUCGUGUUUGAGUUUUUCACCACUG